UACACGUGGUACCGCCGGUGCAGGCUCCGCUCCGGUCGCGGUCCCGACCCAUGUUCGCGGAGCAGGAGUGGAACGACGGCCCCGAGGGUCCCGCCCGGGCCCUGCCGGGGUCCCGCGGCGCCCCCGAGGGCCCGGGCCGGCCGGGCCCCGCGGCGGGGAGGCGGCGGCGGCGGCGGCGGCCGGGGGGUGACGGCGAGACCCCGCGGAGGCGGCCCGGGGACGGGGUGCGGCGGCGGAGCGGGCAGCGCCCAGACACAGACAGGGCCGGGGAGCGGCCGAGCACGGAGCCCGCGGCACCGGCGGCCGCGGAACCGGCGCGGAGGCUGAGCCGGCGGCAGCGGCGGAAGCGGCGCCGGGAGGAGCAGGAGGAGCAGCAGCUCCCUGCGGGACCGGCGGCACCGGCAGCGGCUCCGCUGGGGCGGGCGGCGGCUCUGCGCGCCCGGAUGGAGGAGCGGCUGCUGGCCGCCCGGUUCCGGUACAUCAACCAGCAGCUCUACACGUCCAGCAGCCGGGAAGCAGCGCAGCUCUUCCGGGACGACCCCGAAGCCUUCGAGAUCUACCACCGCGGCUUCACUCAGCAAGUGGGGCGCUGGCCCGAGAACCCGGUGCAGCGCAUCGUGCGCGUCCUGCGGCGGCGGCCCGCCUCGCUCGUGGUGGCGGAUUUCGGGUGCGGGGACUGCAAACUCGCCAAGAGCAUCAAGAACAAGGUUCACUCCUUUGACCUGGUGCCACUCAGCCCGCAGGUCACCGUCUGUGACAUGGCCAAGGUGCCUUUGGCGGACCAGACGGUGGACGUUGCAGUGUUCUGCCUGGCGCUGAUGGGCACCAACCUGCAGGAGAUCCUGGAAGAGGCCAACCGGGUGCUGAAGCCGGGGGGCACCCUGUUGGUGGCCGAGGUGGCCAGCCGCUUCGAGGACAUGCGAGCCUUCAUGAGCGCCAUGGCUCAGCUGGGCUUCAAAAGUGUCUCCAAGGACCUCUCCAGCGCCUUCUUCCACCUGCUCGAGUUCUCCAAGGCCGGGUCCCCCCGCGGCCGCCCCGCGCCAGGGCUGCGCCUGCGGCCCUGCCUCUACAAGCGCCGGUAGCUGCCGCCCCGCCCCGCGCCGCGGCCACCAAUAAACAGCCUUUUUCCGCA